CUGUGUAUUGGUGGCCGGACUGUAGUAACUGGGUUAUAUAUAAGGGGGUGCUGACGACAACCAGGUAUACCCUCCUCAUCCACAGACAUCACCCGUCGAAAGAAUAUCCACCAUGAAAGCCGUGUUGUGUAUAGCUGUGUUGGUAGUAGUGAUGGCCCUGGCAGAGGCCGGCGGUUAUCGCCCGCCUAGGCCCAUGAUUAAGGGCAAACCCUGCUACAAGGGAGGUAAGGGUUGGCACAUGGGUGGCCACGGCGGCGGCUACCACCAAAUGGGCUACCCGUCUACCUACAGCUAUAGCUACCCCGCCUCUGGAGGAGCCUACUACGACAACUCCUACAUGGGUGGCGGAUCUUACAUGGGUGGCGGAUCCUACCUUGGCGGUGGUUCCACAUACGUCACUAGCGGACCCAGCUACAUCGGCGGUGGUGGUGGAAGUUACCUAAGCGGCGGCGGGUCCUACAUUGGUGGAGGCGGCGGGUCCUACAUUGGUGGAGGCGGCGGGUCUUACAUGGGUGGUGGCAGUUACUACCCCAGCGGCGGUGUAUCUUACGUAACCGGGGGAUAUCCCAGCACCUACAGCACAGGCGGCUACCCUUCCACUUACAGCACAGGCGGCUACCCCAGCACCUACAGCACAGGCGGCUACCCCUAUGCUGGAGGCAGCAGCUACCCCGCUACGUACCAGGGUUAAAACCAAAUAACAUCUUUUCCAUAUCACCAGUAAGCAUCAUUCGUUGUUGCGUCUGAUUUAGUUUUGAUCGUUAAACCGUUUGCACUAAGGGUCUUCUGAGACCUAAAUGUAAAAUAUGGAAGGAAAAAAAAAAUAUGGGACUCAAAUGGGGAUUUAAACUUUCUAUUGUAGACUCUUAUUGUAUAUCAGGGCCCUUGUGCUUGAAAUGCAAAAUUGAAAAAUAAAUAUAAAAAAAAGAUAUCUGUUUUGAAGUAAUGCUAAUUUUAAUUCUAGAUUCAAGUUGAGAGCAGACGUUUUGGUUGAGGUUGUGUGUUAGAUGUUAGAUGUUGUCCUGCAGUCGCACAUUAGUAACACUUCUGGUACUAUCAGUCUCUCCUCCGCUCUUUAUGACCCGCUGUUUGUCAGAGUUGGCGAAAGUCUGCUUUACCAAGAAACAUGUUAAGCGAUUUCAUUGUUAAUAAAAAUUAGUUGAACAAAA